GAAUACCCGCCCGGACUGCUACAUUGACGCACGCGCAUUGAGGCCCAACAAAGGGCCGAAAUAAGAACGGUUUGCAAGUGUGUCUGAUGUAUUUAUGUCAUAAAAAUGGUGAAAUCUGUGAAGUGGAAAGUGGAAAUUAGGAUAUUCGAGGUGUCGAAUCAUGACAGAGGCAUCUGAAAAUGCCUACUUGGUGCGCGUGCGAGCACAAGUGAUGUGCCGCGACGAGGGCACGGGCGGCUGGGUGGCGCUGGGCGGCGGCGGGCUGGCCGACGUCAUGGUCGGCAAGCGCCGCCACCACCGCACCUCCGGCAGUGAAGGCAACGGCGACUCAACAUCCACGUCGACGUCGGCACCAACCCACGAGUAUUACAUCCAUGGAAAACGCAUCAGCGAUAACAUGGUGGUCCUUGAAUGCACCAUCAAGAAGGACUUCCAGUACAACAAGGUGAUGCCAACCUUCCAUCACUGGGUGACCGACGAGAAGCGUUUCGGACUGACUUUCCAAACGGCAGCCGAUGCUCGAGCUUUCGACCGCGGCGUUCGGACCGCUAUAGAGGAAUUGUUGGACGGUCUGGGUGGGGCGUGGCCGUCGCUUCACGCGUACAAAAAACAUAAUCCAGCGCCGAAAGAUGACGAUGAGGAAAACAACAUCUUCGAAUGCCUGAACCUGCCGUCGGAGUCGCGCUCCAGCUCGGACACGUCGAGCGGCGGCGCGCGCGCCGACAUCUCGCAGACGCCCAUCCUGUCCGCCAUCACGCGCACGCGCCACCAGCCGCAGCAUUCGCAGCGUCCGCAGCAUUCGCUCGCAGAACCUCUAAAGCAGUAUGAAGUGCAAUAUGACGACAAAGUCGCCAUUGAAGACUCCGAUCCGGAACGUUGUCCGUACGUCCAUUUAACAGCCGUGCACGAGUACACGUACCCGCAAGUAGGGCCGGGGGGCGUUAUUAGUUCAGAGAAAUCCUCGCCCAACACGAAACCACCGCUGCUGAAGAGGGAUUCAGGUUCAAUAAAGAAAUGCACCUGCGCCGGACCGCCGCCAUUGCCACAUAAGAAACCCACGGAGACGUUUCAAGCGCGAUUGAAAUGCAGGCACUGUCACGAAUGGUAUUUGGAAAGUGCGAACCGGCCUGGCGCUUGUGAAUUUGCACCGGACUGCUUCCGUUCGUGUAUUGACUGCGUUACUUGCAUCAAAUGCGCGCAGUGUAUGCUGUACCACUGUAUGUCGGACGCAGAAGGAGAGUUUGCGAUGCAUCCCUGCGCGUGCAAUAAACCAGACGAAGCUUGCGCUAAAAGAUGGAUUGGUGUAACGCUGCUGAGCCUGCUGGUGCCGUGCCUGUGGUGCUACCUGCCGCUGCGCUGCGCGCACCGCGGCGCCCGCGCGCUCGGCUUCGCCGGCGGACACCACGCGCCGCACCAGAACUAGCUGCUCGGAAUUAAUGUGGCCAGCGGGCAAACUGUGUUGGAUAUAGUGAAUACAGUCAUGACGAACAGAUUUCUUGUUGCGAUCAUGGACGGUGGGCACACAAGUUUAGCAGGAUAUAGUGAAAGGACUGUAAGGGAGAUUGUGAAAUACAGUGAUACAAACGGACUGCUGCUUGUAAACAAACAUUGUCAUGUGUAGAAUACAACAGUGAUCAAAAAAUCUACUGUUGUGAACGUGGGAUGCUUGCAAUGUGUGUGUAAUACAGAGAUAAUAAAGCAAUGGCUUAUACUGGUUUGCGAGGUACAGUGAAUAUAGUGAAGGUGAAAAUGACUCCUUGUAGUACAUAAGUAUUAAGAGGAGAUUGUGAAAACACAGUGGUGGCAAUAUGAUCUGCAGUUUGCAGCUGUGAAUACGAGAGGAGGAAGAGAAAGAGGGAAGAUGUUAUUUGUGAACCAUAAUAAAUACAAGAACUAGACCGAUGCUUGUAUAAAAAAAGUGAAGUGGAUACGGUUGAGCAAGUUGUAUGAACUUGUAAAAUAAGGAAAUUAUUAAAUCAAUUGUUGUUAACGUGGACAGAGAAGGAAGAUUUUGUGCUAAAUCCCCUACUAGUAAACAACAUUGAUAAUGGGGGAGGUAAUGUGAGCGACAUAGUGAGAACUGAAGUGAAUUUGACGUGGGGAACAUAGUUACGAUGAGCCAUCUACGUUGUGAAGAAUAUGAUCAGAUGGCGAGUUCAUGUAUUAAAGCACUGUAUACCAUAUAUAUAGUGAAAUGGGUUGUGAUGAAUCAUUAGACCCUCAGUAUAGUUCCAGUACAAUGUGUUGAUGAGGAAACCAAGAAUUAGAUAGAUUUGACGUGAAAAUUAAGUCGUUUUGGAACAUUGAAUUGCUCAUAGCAUUGUUUAGAAAAGGGAAGAAUAACGCAUGCAUGUUAUUCAUGUAUAUUAUUUAUAAAAAAUGUCCUGGCACAAAUACACUCAAUUAACACACUGCCAUGUUUGUUUACUAAUUCGCACAAAGUGUGAGCGUCGUUAUAAUGAGAUUAAUGAUCAUUAUGUAUAGUUAAACUUAAUGUUGAAUGCUUCUUAAAAUUUAGUGGUGCCAAUGUAGCCACAAUAAUUCGUACCACUGUGAACCCUACAUUUUUUUGUAUUCCAAUAAAAUACACACAGAGUUAUAUGAAGUAGUCUUCCAUGAAAAUAAGAUAAGCAAGAGAUUCUUCAAUGGCUUACAUUGUCGAGCUUCAAGCCUCUUUUGAUCAUCCUAACUAUAAAUAGAUGGUGAAUCUUCUGAGAAUGAUAAUUUAACAAAAUAGACUAUUAAAUAUCAACCUCUAAUAAAUUAACAUAUUGAAUAAAAAUUUUAGAAACAUGGGGUGUUUAAAUUUAUAAACAUGUGGUAGCGGGAGAUAGAUCCACUAUCCCAUUCUUUGAUUGAGCAAUAUUAUUAAAACCCAGCUAUUGGAAUGAUAAAUAAACAUAAAGAUAUACUUUGAAUUCCUGAAGAGGAGUUCCGCAGAAGCUAAAAGCUCUGCAAUAAAUAAAGCCAGAGAUGAUUUUAAUAAUAUAGAUAAAGAAUUAUUUUAAAGUUUAACAAGAAAACAGCCAGUUAUCUAUUAAAUGCAUAGAGUCGUUUACAGACCAACACUUUUUAAAAGUAUAGACAUGUAAGAGUGUUCGGAAAUUGAAGUCCAAAGAUGUGCUAAUUGGCACAUUUUGCUUUGAAAUUCAUUGAUGUUUUAAACACUUUGGAAGCUUCAUAUGUAUAUGUUUCAUAUCUAUACUUUUUAAAUAUUGGAAUUUACAAUAUACAGUGUACACAUUGGGACAUGUGAAGUUUACUGCUGACACAUUAAAAAUGUGAAUUGACUGUAAUUGAGAGUUGCCAGCAUUAACGCUGCAAUGGACUUAAAUUAAUAUGGCAGUAUGAAGAUGUGUAACUGUGGACAGCAGUAGAAAUGUUUAGCUAGUAGCAUAAGUUUGGUAUAACAACACUUUUAUUUAUUUCUUUGUACCAGUAUUAAAAUAUUUAUUAAUAUUACAUAUUGUUAUUGUUAGUGAAACGUGGCCGUGUAUGUGCAAAUGGUCAAAAUGUCUACGUGUGCUAAUGUUAACAGUGAAAUCAAACUAUCAAUUCGCCAUGAAAAUAAGGAGCAUGCUCGUUACAUGUGUAAAACUUUAUAUUAUAUUGAUAAUUGUGCCAUAACUCGUAACGUCGUUUUAAAAUUCAUUUACACAUCUUUCUAUAAGUCUUCCACGACUUAUGAAGUUAUUAUGUCAUUUGGGGAACACUUUGAUACACUUUUUCACUUUCAUUUUGAACUCUGCGAUACUUUGUGAUUAACACUGUUUCAAGUUAUGCUUUAAUGUUUAUUUUUAUAUUUCAGCAUGUUUCUCGUAUUAUAUAUGUAUCCAAAAGCGAAUAAAUGAUUGUUUAUUUAAUUCAGAGGCUUCUGUGAUAAAGUGUCCAUCACAUUAGGUUGUCUAAAAUUGUUACAUUUGAUGUUGGUUGGGUAUGUUUGGUUGUUUUCUCUGAAUUUUAUAAAUUAUUAUUGAUGUAGAUUCCAAAUUAUAUAUAAGGUUAACAUAUCUCAUUAAUGUUGUUUAAUAACUAAGCUUCUAUCAUUAAUUCAAUGUGUUGACUUGGAAUGUUGACGAAGAUGAAGUUUUAACCGUCAUAAACUUUAUAUUAGUUUUAAUUCCAUUUGCAUGACAAUGAAUGAUUUUAACGCCUAAGUAAAUGGCUUUUCCAUUGGGUUAUAUUGAGAUUGUGUUAGGAGCUGUAGGUACUAUACGGGUUGUAGGUUACCUAGAAACUUGUCACAUUUUUCACCGUUGUAAUUUAAAUAUUUAAAAUAGUACAUUUCAUAGGUGAUAGUGGGACGCGUUGUAUAAAAUAUAUUGUGCACAUGGAAGUUGUGAUGUCACUUGGAACGUAAAAUUUAAUUAUUUACUUAUUAAAAAUAAAUUGAUAUGUUAUACAGAAAUUAAUGUUUAAAUGUGAAAAGUAAUUAUUUAUAAUAUUUAAUGUUAAAAGGAAUUCAUUCGUAAUUUGUAUUUUCCAUCACGUAAAUUGUAAAUCGUGGACAGUUUUCCCUUCCAACAGUUGUGCACUCGUUCAGUUUUGUUGAUAAAAACCGACCAAUAGUUUAUCUAUAAGUAAGGUACCAACGGAACUGUUUUCGGUUGCCACGAGGGAUACUUCACACACUAUAUAAGUUAAAACACAAAGUAAUAUAUAAAUUAUAUUGGAAUACAAAAUAUAAAAUCCUUGAUGUUUUUAUAAGAUAAUGGGCUCACUUAUGGAAACUUCUGUGGAUUUUGUGUUUUGCAUGUUUGCGCUGUUGAUUCCUAUUGUUGGAUCUACAUCGCAAAUUCUGUCAGGAGCGAUAACAGAUUAAAGAAACGAUUUCUACUUCCGAGCUUGUCGGUUUUGUGUGAAUUAUCUCUUAAUUAUUACCGAAAACCUUUUCGUAGAGAAUUGUUACACCUUUAACCAAAAUAAAGAGACGUUUGUCGAAAUUUAAAACUAUCGAUAGGUCAGUGUAAUAAGUGUUUUAAUUGUAUUAACUAUAAGACAUUGUAUUUUAACUUUUUUAAAUAUUGAAAAGUCUUAAUCCUGUCUAAAUAUGUUCUAUUCCGUUUUUAAAUACUGUGAGAUCUAGAAAUAUAAAGAGACUAUUAUUUACUGUAGUAAAUUUAAAUCUACAUAAGAUAAAGUUAUCAAUGUUUAGUGUUGUAUUAUAAAUAUAUAUAUGCAGUGAGAACACAGAUCACAAUUUGAACACGAACCAAAGUUUAACCAUCGCAAUGUGCAAUAGUUUGAAAGGUGAAAUGCUGACACCCAAUAUGGUUGUUUUAUGUAAUUAAAAGAUAAAUGUAUUGAAAUAUAAAAAUAAAUAAUUCUACUU